UUUUUUUCUUCUCUUUUCUUCUUUCUCUUUUCUGCUUUUGUUGCUUUUGACUCUUGAAUAGUCAACUUAAUCUUUCGUUGUAUUUUCGGGAUUUCCUAUAGCUUUUGCUUUGUUUCAAUAUCCAUACCCAUACCCUGAGAUACCCUACCCUGGCGGUGAUCAUACGUUUUUCAUUAUCCAUUUGUUGCCUUCACGUGCUCGAAUCCAGAUAUAUUGGAUACACAUUAAUUUCCUGCCAUUACGACCACACCAUCUCGCCUUUCAAUAUUUCUAUGCAAUAAAAUCUUCAAUGAGACGCAGAUCCCCCGACUUGAUAAUCUAAGAGAGUUCUAAAAAGUCCUGAAAAGACAUUGACUUUCUCAUUGAAAACAAGGUUGUUUUUACAUAUACCAUAGAUUAAAUGUCAAGAAUAUACCCUUGUCACUGCUUAUAACCACCGGUGGAUCCACACACACCUUUUCUUGAAGAAUGUUACUUGAAGCAAGAAAUCAUGGCAUCCAACAAUAUGCAAUUUGGUUUACCAUCCAGGCCAAAUGUCACAGUAUCGCAAAGAAGAGUUCCACGCCAGACCCAGCCACAAGAAGUUAGCAAGCCAAGGGGCGUAAGAGACGAUAGUGCAUAUAUUAAAUCCAGAAGAGAGCAAAGAAGGGCAAAUUUGGAGUUAAAUCAGCAGACACAGCUACCCCGGCCGAGCAUACGACAACCGUCGCCAGUACCGAGAUCAAAAUCCGAGACUGGAUCCAGAGGAACGACAGCACCUUUAUUAGGAGCUGGAGCUCGUUCAAAUGGGGAUGUCUCGACCAUUCAUCUGGUUCCGGCCAUCAAUGGAAACGUGUCUGGAAAUGUGUUGAGGAGAAAGCCCUCAUCGAUAGCUCAACAUGCUGAGCUUAGUCGGCCAACAACGGCUAGGACCGCGAAUAGUUCCCCAGCUAAUUGGGGCCAUGUAUCUGAACCUAAGCCUACCACUCCAGCUUCAAUUAACCCAGGACAUCCACGUAUGGAAGCCUCACAGCAAGUUCGAAAGGUUUCCUCAUCUUCUAUCAAGGAAGUACCGCCACGGAUUAUACCGGAGUUGGAUAGAUAUCGAACGAGACCGGAACAACACCGCGAGGGGUUGAAUGCUAAGUUUGGAUCCAAUAUUCCCUACAAAUUAAAGACUCCCGAUAUAUCUCCUCCAACUCCUUCAAUGUCGGCGGGAUUUGUAAGUUCGGGAUCCAGUCACAAAAGGUACAGCGGAUAUAGUGGAAGCGGAUACAGUGCAAGUCCCUCUACAAGGUUUUCCGAGUCACCGGGUCCAAGCGCUUAUAGUAGAGAUACGACUCCUACUUCGAUGUCGUCUGUAUCGCCUAGCAUCUUUGUGCCUUUCAAGUCUAGCAUUCCAAAUCGUCGAGGAAGUAGUCCCACUAGGACUAGGCCACCUGUUACUCGGAGACGCGAAAGCGAUGCAUCGAACGAGCUCAACAAUGCAAUCAUCGAUUCACGUGGGCUACCAUCGUUACGAGAGUCUGUUAAUUCUUCUUCGUCUAAUUCUACGGUAAAGGCGGAUGGGAAAUCUCGGGAUAAGCUUCAUAAGAAGAAGAAGUCUUUGUCUUCUCUUCCACCUAGUCCACCACCUCGUAAGUCGUCUAAUCAGUUUCAGAGGUCGCCGCAAGAAAAAGUGUCACCUACCAGAGCCAUUCCAAACCCAUCAUACGCAGGACCGAUUUCAUCUCCGAUGUCAUCGCCUCCGAGGCCAUCAGUUCCAUUGAUAGAGACGAUCGAUAGACCUUCACCCCCAAGAAGGCCUAGCAGGGAUGGUACCCCGGAUUUGAGGUCCCAGAUUGAAGACUUUGCAGUACUUCAGAGCAACUUUACUGGCAUGCGGUUUACACACAACAAAAGCAAUAGCGUUUCCUCACAAAGAGCAGCAUCAUCUCCUCUUCAAACUUCAAUGACUCAAGCAUCACUAGAGUCAUCCCGGAACCCAUCUCCAGUACCAGUCCACCCACUACAUCGGGAUCCUACUCCAGCACCUGCCGGUCUUGGAAUAAUCCCAAGCCUCAGGCCACCUUCUCGAAAUCGCAUGACUCGCACUCCAAGUCCAAGUGUUGAUAGUGGAAAGCAUCGUUUUGGACUUUUUGGUCGAAGGACAAAGACAGCCCCUGAAGUGACAACUCUCUCGACAGAAAAAUCUCAAAAGAAAGGACCAGCUGCAGGUACUGGCCAUGAAGGGUAUACAAGAUAUGCUCUACGUGGGCGUACUACUACCAGAUCCACUGCCGGUAAGCCUCGGGAAAGAAGUUUGAGUGGAGCUCCAACGUCCAAAGAUCAAUUGGAUACCACGGAUCCAUUUUUCCGGGAUCGUAUGAGCCCUGUUAUCAUAUCCGGUGGUGGAACUAUAAAGGAGAAUCGCAACUCUAUUGUUGAAGUUGUCAGUCGUACAGAGAGUAAUACUAGUCUUUCUGCACUAGAUCAGAAUAUUUCUCAGACUAGUUUGAGUCAAAAGGCGCCCAGAACCAUCCCGCAACCAUCGGCAAUUCCAAAGGAAAAUAGUAAGAGAACUUCUACUGUAGGUUCUUCCAAAGUUAGAAGACCUUCCGAUAGCCAAGAUGAAGAUGAUUCAAAGAAACCAUCCAUUGCAUUCCGAAGGUCGAUCCAACGUCUCAAUAGUGCGACAACAACUGUGAAUAUCCCUCAACAACUAAAUAUCACAACGAAAGUUCCUUCAUCUUCGAUAAGCAGCCUGGAUCCUAGCUUAAUGUCUGGAGAAUCACAACUAGAAUUGGAAGAAGAAGCCGAGCGUGGAAGACAAGCCCAACCUGGUAAGCCGGGAAAAUUGGAGAAGCGAGCAAGGUCACCACGGAAGUGGAAUUUCUUUCAUCGACACGCACCAAAAUCAGAGACCGAGAUUAAAUACGAUGCGGUACCUGUCACCAUUGGUAGACAGCCUGUUAAACCGAUACCACACUACGCUAUGUUUGAGUUUUCUGAUGAGCCAGAAGAUACCGAUAGUGUGGAUCUAGCGGAAAUUUUGAGAGAUUCAGAGGUGGUAGGACUAACUGAUGAGCAAUUGAACGAGCUUAGGUUUAGCAAUUAUAAGGAAAAUAUCCGACGUAUCGAAGAACUUCAAACGGCAAUGGCACCUUCGCUUCCAGAGAUGGUUCCAGCAACCGUUGCUUUUUCACCACCGGAAUUGAUAAUGCCUUCAUCACCGCAAGUUCCUCAGACUCAAAUAGAAUCUCAGGUUCAGAGAGAAGUGACACCUAUUCGACCGAGUCGCCUCCAACAAGUUGGUCGGAUCCCAAAAGUGGUCUCUGCAAGACCUGAAGCUACAUCUCCAAUAUCUUUCUCGAGACCAUUUGCACGAUUGAGCACUAUACAACCUGCCAUGGAUGUAUCUUCAUUUGAUGCUAAUUCAGUUGCUUUGGGAGCAAGUCCACCGAAGUUUUCUAGCCCUGAAACUUACCCAGCGAAAUUCAGUAGUCCACCAUCGUAUCAAGGAGAAUUUCUAUCCUUUUCACCAAGAAGGUCUCCUAGGAAUAAUUCCACAGCUACGACGAGUAGUUCGAGCACAAUUAAUGGUGCUGAGAUUACGGCAAUUAUCCCCGAACCCGAUUCGGCAUUAGCGGAAGAUGAAGUAUGGGAUGAAUACGACGAUUUGAUCGAAACGGAAAGUACGACGAGGAAAUCUCGCAUUGUUUCUACGACAUCAUCUUAUGGUGUUCCAUUUCAAUAUGAAACGUAUCAAAGUCCCUCUACCCGCAUGAUUAAGCCCAUGCUUCAGGCUUCUCCUUUUCCUAAUCGCGAAUUGCCUGAACUGCCACGUCGAAGAUCUGCUAUUACCUCUAUAGCGUCGAGUUGCUUUAGCGUCGAUGUGGAUGCGACUGUGAAAGCUGAAGAUCAAGAUGCGUUGAAAUCGAAACCAUCGUCAACAGCUCCGGCCUUCUCUCCCGAAUUACUCAAACGCAACGAUUCUGUUCAUUCAACGCAAUCUCAACACCUUUCGAUAGUCGAAUCAAGGAAAUCUGGUUCGAGUAAUACAUCACGGAUUUCAGGAGCUAGUCUUUUGAGAAUUGAAUCUGAAGAAAGCAGUUCUCCAAUUUCGCAAGUGAAUUUGAGAGUUGGAAGUAUGAGUGUUAGUAAAUGGCUUACUUUUGGGAAUGUAUUGUUUAGUCCAGCUAGGGAUGAGGUAGGCAAUUUGAUGGAUGGACCCAGGACGAAAUGUCAUUCCAUUUUGGUUAUUGAUGGACUUGGCAAUGACGACUGGUCUUUCUAUGCUGCAGAAACUUAUCCGACUUGCACUUUCUACAAUCUAUCCCCUACCGCCCCUCCUCCGACCACUAAUCCCAAAAAUCCUUCCUAUUUACUUCCACCUCCUAACCACCGACAAAUUCAAUUUUCUCCUCUCAGCAGCACUUCCAAAUUUCCCUUCUCUUCUUCUACAUUUAGCACCGUAAUUUUCCGCUUUCCUUCCUCUCUCACAACUCAAGUUUACAAUCACAUCCUCUCCGAAUCUCGACGCGUACUCAAACCAGGUGGAUACAUUGAGAUUACACUUCUCGAUCUCGAUAUGUUGAAUAUGGGACCUCGUACUCGCCGCGCUGUGCGAGGUCUCAAAACGAGAUUGAAGAAUAGAGAUGAGGGUGUUGUGUUGGGCAGUUUGGGAGAUAUGAUUUUGAGAGGACUUGGAGUGAGAGCAUUUGGGGAUGUGAAGAGUUGUCGGGUGGGGAUUCCAGUGGUGGGAGUAUUGGAACGGGUUAGGAGCGGCAAGGAGAAGGAAAUCGAGGAGGUUAAUCGACAAAAGGAGAAGAAAGAAGAACGAAGUUUGGCCGAAAUGAUGAAGGAGGAAAGUGAAUCUGCAGAUGAGAGUAUUACUCGCAUGGUAGCGAAAGUGGGAAGGUGGUGGUAUGGAAGAUGUUAUGAAGCUUCUUUACUUGCUUUUGAAUCGAAAACCAAGAUGGAGAAUGACGAGAAAGAGGGAGGAGACCCCAAGGGGAAAGAAACGAAAAGCAUCUUUACCGAUAUCAAGGUCUUGGAUGAAUGCGAAAAGUGGAACGCGAGUUUCAAAUUGGUGGUUAUACAUGCGCAGAAACCGGUAGUGGUUAGGAGGAGAACUAAUAGUGUUUGAGUUUUGCUCUAUUAAACAAGACAUGAUUAAUGAAUGAAAGAAUGAAAGAAUGGGAGAGGGGAAAAUUUUUAAAAAUUUCAUGAGAUGGUUGGAUGGGUGCGAACCCGGUUUUUUGUAUACAGGUUUUUCUCUUUUUUUUUUUUUUUUUUUUCUUGGAUUCGAUUCGAUUCAAUUCGGAUGGAGGUCACCGGUUGACUUAUUGAUAAUGAUGUGCGAUCUGAGAUUGCGGGUUUGGUGACUUGGGGCUUGGAUGGGAUGGUAUUGAAUAGUAUGGGGUGAGAGGAGGUGGAUGAAAGAAGAGGCGGAUGAGAGAGAGCGGGGGAGAUUUAUGGAUUAUGAAUUAUAAUGAGUUUAUGAAGUUUGCUAUUCUAUUUGUUUUGUAAGUUGUUUGGGUGGUGGAGGUGGUGUAGGUGGU